AUGAGAAGGUCAGGCUGGAUAGCAAAGUGCGAGGGCGGACUUGUAGACCACCUAGGUAUUUUGUGUGAUAAGGAGCGAAAGGCUGCUUCCUUUUCUCCAAGGAAGCGAGAUUUAUAUGCUCCUAUUGCUUAUCAAACUGACUGUUCAGAUCUGUUGCAACACCACCACACUGCAACGAUGCUCACAACCACAACCCCUAUCCUCCUCCUCCUCCUCCUCCUCUCAACUCUCACUUCCGCCCUUACCCUCUCCGAACCGUUCAAACCCCCCGACAACCACCACCACCAACACGCUUCAUCUCCCUCGGCGACAGCUACUCAGCCGGCAUCGGCACCCGCCCCGACCUCCCCUCCCCUUCCCCCCCCUGCCGCGCAGCAACAAACGACAUCCUCUCCUCCCUCCCUCCCCCCCUCCACCUCCCAAAUCGACGCCUUCAACCUCACCUCCCCAACCUUUGCAACCCUGUCCAUAUCCGGCAACGACCUCGACUUCUUCUCCCUCCUCAACGCAUGCAUCUUCCGCUUCUACGGCCCCUUUUCCCCUUCCUCGUGCGACUCCGCCCUAAAAACGGUCUCCUCCAUCCUCCUCAACGAUCAAAAACUCCGGUUGCGUAUCAGGCUCAUCCUGCUGGAGAUAUUGAAUAAGAUCCCCUGGGAGAGGCACUCGUCUUUCUUCAUCACCGUCACUGGCUACGCGAGGUUCUUCAACGAGAACACCACUGCGUGUGAUGAUGUUUCAUUUGGGAUCUGGGAUGUUUCCCACACGGCCGCGGCGGCGAAAUUGACGAGGGACAUAAGAGGGAAGAUGAACGAUUUGGUGCUCAAAGCCAAUGAUUUGAUAAGGGGGGUGAUAGAGGAGGUGAAUGCCUCUUUUUCUGGUAGCGGGAAGAGAAAAAAAGUCGUUUUUGUCGAUCAUGACAGCCUGUUUGAUGGGCAUCGGUUUUGCGAGCCUGGGGUGGCGAAAGAGCCGGAUUAUGAGAGGAGGGAGACGUGGUUUUUUUUGCCGGGGGGUGGGGAUGUUGACGGGGAGGGGAGGGUUUAUACUUCUUUGCGGGAAAAAAAUAAAGAAGGGGUGGGAUACUACUACCUCGACCCGGAGCGCUGCUGGGAAGAGGCGGCGGAAAGGGGGGAUUGGGGGGAGAAGGCUGUUUGCUUGAUGGCCAAGGCGAAGAGGGAAGAUCCGGGGUUGAGGUUGAGGGUGCAUUAUAGGCGUGGGGUAGAAAAGGGGGAGGGGUUUUGGAAGGGGUGGACGACAACAACAACAACAAAAAAACCGGGGGAUUCAAUGUGGUUGACGCCGACGUAUUACGGCAAGACUUUUCAUCCUAGAUCAGCCGGCCACGAAGCAAUAAGAGACAAAAUCUUUCAAGUAUGGGAAGAGCAUGGAUACUUGAAAGACCAAACCGACUUAUGAUUGCGCAUCUCUCGGGACGAAAUAAACGAAGAUGAUGAAUAACGACGGAUUUGGAUAAUGACCUGGCAUAUAGUUUUCUUUUGGUACACCGGCUGCGACUCUGUGGUUGCGUUGAUAGUUAAUACCCCUGAAUACUACACAUAAUACCUGCAAAUUUGCACACCACCAC